AUGACCUCCCUGAUAGAGAACCAAGGCGUUGCUCCGCAUCUAUUAUCCCCAGUACGAAAUCAAAUCUCAGUCUCUAACCCCAUUUCUCAAAUUUCCCAACCACAAAAGCCCAGAGACAUCUCCGCAGACUUCAACUACUAUAAAGACCCUCCUGGAGGAGGUCCUCCGGAACCGACUUACGUGGAACGUCCCCAGACAUAUGACCGAGUCCCUCUUAUAAAACGAUUGACUGUCCAUGAUGUUCGUGGGCGCGAAGAGCAAUAUACACUGGACACUACCGGCUUCGAGUUCUACAAGCACGUCAGUGUUGAGAAAGACUUUGUCGAUGACGAACAAAUCAAGUCUAUCUACUAUCCAGAGACAGAAGAGCUGUUGAAGAAGGCCACUGGAGCAUCGAAAAUCUACAUCUUCGACCACACUGUCCGUCGUCAACAACUCGAUGCUCGCACAAAGCCUGCCCCAGAACCAGCAUCGCAACAGUCAACAGAGGGUCCCAUUACUGUUCCCGUUCCAUCUUCCCUCCGCGGCCCAGUCCAGCGUGUUCACAUCGACCAAUCCUACGCUGCUUCGACUGAUCGCGUAACCUACCACCUCCCAGAUGAAGCCGAGACCCUUCUUAAAGGCCGCUUCCAAAUCAUCAACGUCUGGCGACCUAUCAAAACCAUACUCAAGGAUCCUCUCAGCGUAGCAGCUGCCAACUCAGUCCUCGACGAGGAACUUGUUCCCAUCAAACUCAUCUACCCGCAUCGCGAAGGCGAGACGCUCGCUGUGCGGCCGGCCAAAGAAGGGAGGACCGAUGGAGGGCAUCAGUGGCAUUAUUUAUUCCAGCAGACGCCCGGAGAGGUGACGCUGAUUAAAUGUUUUGAUUCGAAGACUGACGGGAGGGCGAGACGAGUUCCACAUAGUGCAUUUGUGGAUGAGGAGUUUGUGGGAGAGGAGCCAAGAGAAAGCAUUGAGGUCAGGGCGUUGGUAUUCCAUCCUGAUGAUACAGAGUAG